GCGUAGAAGGAGAUUAUGUCACUCAUGGAUGUAGCGGUUCCGACUCCUGCUUCUUCAACAAGUAUCAAACUUCACAGCUGAUACCGGGGUUUUUUUCUCUUUAGGAUGACCUUAUCUGGACCGCGUUGUUAAACCUAAACGCGUGCAUUGUUUAUUAAAGGAGUUGAAAACAAUAUAAACUGAGAAAAUGCCGACGAUCAGAGAAGAAGGAAAAGACACGAUCAUAUUUGUCACCAAAGAAGACCACGAAGCUCCAAGUAAUGCUGAACUCGUGGAAGAAGAUCCAAAUGAUCCUUAUGAAGAAAGAGGCCUGAUUCUUCCCAGUGGAGAGAUCAACUGGAACUGUCCGUGUCUGGGGGGCAUGGCCAGUGGUCCAUGUGGCACUGAGUUUAAAGAGGCCUUCUCGUGUUUUCACUACAGUAAAGAGGAGGUGAAGGGGUCCGAGUGUCUGGACCAAUUUAGAGCCAUGCAGGAGUGUAUGCAGCGCUACCCGGAGCUUUACCCCCAAGAGGAUGAGAAAGAAAAGCAAGAACAAGCAACUGAGAGUGGGACAAACACCACUUCUGAGGGACAAAAGGACAAUGAUACAACAGAAUCUGAAGUUAAGAGCUAACACUGAAGAUGACUGGAACAGGGAUUAUAGUAGAAUCAUAUUUGGAUUACAGUAGUAUAUGAAACUAUAAGUGUGACUUGGGCUGCAACAGUUAAUCGGAAUAAUUGUGACUAGAUAAACAGUUAUAUAAAAAGUGUGCAAACUGAUCAAAAUCUGGACUAUACAGACUCUUAAACACAUCACAAAUACAAUGCUAGUAUUAAAGGUGAACUGUAACUUUCCUGAUGCAGUAGUAAUUGUUUACUUAAUUAAGUUCACUAAUUGGAAAAAAUACUUGCUGACUAUUUGACUACUAAAAUAAUUGUUAUUUGCAGCCUUAAGUGUGCCUGUCUGUUUGAAGAGUUUGUUAUAUUGUGAAACUUUGUUAUUGUGCUCUUUUGUUAAAUGCAGCUCUAUGGUCAAACUUUGUUACGUCCCAUCUACUUUUACCCCACCCAUUUUUCCUAUUGGUCAGCCUCAGAGUGACAGGUGGCUUUAACCAAUCGCAGUGAAUUGUGAAUUGCUUAGUUACUCUGAAUAGUACAUGCCAAUAUUGUAGCAAUGUUAUUCUGGUGGCUUCUAUGAAACAAUAUGUGUAAAAAUUUUAUUUCGCUCAUUUGACUCAUUCAACAAAUUCUAACAGAAAUGUUUUAAAAGAAAUUGUGUUUAAAAAAAACUAAAAAUUCAAAUGAAUAUCCAAUCAUUUCAUUAAUUUUGUUACCUUGUUUUGUUCAUUAUAAGUUGUCUGACUGUUCCAAACCUAGUUCAUUUUUGAUUCUUAUCAAACGAGAUUUUUUUCAGUUUUUGAUCUAACAUAUUGGAAGAGUUUGCAAGUUUAAGGACUGAGCAUAAACACAUUGUACUGUAUUCACAACGUCUGUAAAAACUGCAUCAUUUCUAAACCAGAUGUGAAACAUUUACUUGAACACAACUGAAGAAACUUAUGUGUGAGACUUUUAUAAUUAAAAGAUCUAUACCACUAUUUUAGGUUUGCCUUGCUUUAACAUUAUAUUUCUGUGCAGUUUAUUUUUAAAACUGCAUACUAAGGCUGUUUUGUACUUUUUCUGCCCUUAAGAAUUACUGUCGCCACUUGAUACUGUAUGCAAGAGGUCUAUUCCAUGUUAGAUUUUCAACCUCAGAAAAUGUUUAAUCCCAUGGCUUCAUUCUGCUUUGUAAAACUGGCCACAGAAAAUAAUAAAACCAAAUAAAAGGAAGAAGUCA